UGACCCCCGACCCCCGCCGGCCGGCCCCCCGCCCCAGCCCCGGAGGGAGCUCAUGGGAGUAUGAAGGAGAUGGUAGGAGGCUGCUGCGUAUGUUCGGACGAGAGGGGCUGGGCCGAGAACCCGCUGGUCUACUGUGAUGGGCACGCGUGCAGCGUGGCUGUCCACCAAGCUUGCUAUGGCAUCGUCCAGGUGCCCACAGGACCCUGGUUCUGCCGGAAAUGCGAAUCUCAGGAGCGAGCAGCCAGGGUGAGGUGUGAGCUGUGCCCACACAAAGACGGGGCAUUGAAGAGGACUGACAAUGGAGGUUGGGCCCACGUGGUGUGUGCCCUCUACAUCCCUGAGGUGCAGUUUGCCAACGUGCUCACCAUGGAGCCCAUCGUGCUGCAGUAUGUGCCUCAUGAUCGCUUCAACAAGACAUGUUACAUCUGCGAGGAGCAGGGCCGCGAGAGCAAGGCGGCCUCGGGAGCCUGCAUGACCUGUAACCGCCAUGGAUGUCGACAAGCUUUCCAUGUCACCUGCGCCCAAAUGGCAGGCCUGCUGUGUGAGGAAGAGGUGCUGGAGGUUGACAAUGUCAAGUACUGCGGCUACUGCAAAUACCACUUCAGCAAGAUGAAGACUUCCCGGCACACCAGCGGGGGAGGCGGAGGCGCAGCGGCAACAGGAGGCAGCGGCACAGGGGGCGGUGGCAGUGGCUUCAUCGCUGGCCGGAGAAGCCGGUCAGCCUCCCCGUCCACCCAGCAGGAGAAGCACCCUUCCCACCACGAAAGGGCACAGAAGAAGAGUCGAAAGGACAAGGAACGCCUUAAACAGAAGCACAAGAAGAGGCCUGACUCACCCUCCAGCAUCCUCACCCCACCCGUGGUCCCCGCUGCUGACAAGGCCUCCUCCUCCCACCAUGAGGCCAGCACUCAGGAGACCUCUGAGAGCAACAGGGACUCAAAGGGGAAAAAGUCUUCCAGCCAUAGCCUGAGUCACAAGGGGAAGAAGCUGAGCAGUGGGAAAGGUGUGAGCAGUUUCACCUCCGCCUCCUCCUCCUCUUCCUCCUCCUCUUCUUCCUCCUCUGGGGGGCCCUUCCAGCCUGCAGUUUCGUCCCUGCAGAGCUCCCCUGACUUCUCCGCCUUCCCCAAGCUGGAGCAGCCAGAGGAGGACAAGUACUCCAAGCCCGCAGCCUCCACCCCUUCAGCUCCCCCCUCUCCCUCAGCUCCUGAGCCCCCCAAGACUGACCUCUUUGAGCAGAAGGUGGUCUUCUCUAGCUUUGGGCCCAUCAUGCGCUUCUCCACCACCACCCCCAGCUCAGGCCGGGCCCGGGCCCCAUCCCCUGGAGACUAUAAGUCUCCUCACCUCUCAGGGUCUGGGACCUCAGCAGGCACCCACAAGCGGAUGCCCACACUGAGUGCUGCCCCUGCGCCCGCUGAAGAGACCCCUGAGACAGGCGUGAAGGAGAAGAAGCACAAAGCCAGCAAGAGGAGCCGACAUGGGCCAGGCCGUCCCAAGGGCAGCCGGAAUGAGGAGGGUGUCGGGGCCCCAGCUGCUCCCUCCCUGCCUGGCGCCCAACUGGCUGGCUUUACCGCCACUGCUGCCUCACCCUUCUCAGGAGGUUCCCUGGUCAGCUCCGGCCUGGGUGGCCUGGCCUCCCGCACCUUUGGGCCUUCCGGAAGCCUGCCCAGCCUGAGCCUGGAGUCCCCCCUGCUAGGGGCAGGCAUCUACACCAGUAAUAAGGACCCCAUCUCCCACGGUGGUGGAAUGCUGCGGGCUGUCUGCAGCACCCCCCUCUCUUCCAGCCUGCUGGGGCCCCCUGGGACCUCUGCCUUGCCCCGCCUCAGCCGCUCCCCAUUCACCAGCACCCUCCCCUCUUCUUCUGCUUCUAUCUCCACCACUCAGGUGUUUUCUCUGGCUGGCUCUACCUUCAGCCUCCCUUCUACCCACAUCUUUGGAACCCCCAUGGGUGUCGUUAACCCCCUCCUUACCCAAGCCGAGAGCAGCCACACAGAGCCAGACCUGGAGGACUGCAGCUUCCGGUGUCGGGGGACCUCCCCUCAGGAGAGUCUGUCUUCCAUGUCCCCCAUCAGCAGCCUCCCCGCACUCUUCGACCAGACGGCGUCCGCACCCUGCGGGGGCGGCCAGUUAGACCCAGCGGCCCCCGGGACGACGAACAUGGAGCAGCUGCUGGAAAAGCAGGGCGACGGCGAGGCCGGCGUCAACAUCGUGGAGAUGCUGAAGGCGCUGCACGCGCUGCAGAAGGAGAACCAGCGGCUCCAGGAGCAGAUCCUGAGCCUGACGGCCAAGAAGGAGCGGCUGCAGGUUCUCAACGUGCAGCUCUCUGUGCCCUUCCCCGCCCUGCCUGCCGUCCUGCCCGCCGCCAACGGCCCUGUCGCUGGGCCCUAUGGCCUGCCUCCCCAAGCCGGCAGCAGCGAUUCCUUGAGCACCAGCAAGAGCCCUCCCGGGAAGAGCAGUCUGGGCCUGGACAACUCGCUGUCCACGUCUUCGGAGGACCCACACUCAGGCUGCCCCAGCCGCAGCAGCUCGUCGCUGUCCUUCCACAGCACGCCCCCACCGCUGCCCCUGCUCCAGCAGAGCCCUGCUACCCUGCCCCUGGCCCUGCCUGGGGCCCCUGCCCCGCUCCCAGCCCAGCCACAGAAUGGGCUGGGCCGAGCACCUGGGGCAGCGGGGCUGGGGGCUAUGCCCAUGGCUGAGGGGCUGUUGGGGGGGCUGGCGGGCAGCGGGGCCCUGCCCCUCAAUGGGCUCCUGGGGGGGUUGAAUGGGGCUGCUGCCCCCAACCCUGCAGGCUUGAGCCAGGCUGGUGGGGCCCCCGCGCUGCAGCUGCCAGGUUGUCUCAACAGCCUAACGGAGCAGCAGAGACACCUGCAGCAGCAAGAGCAGCAGCUCCAGCAGCUCCAGCAGCUCCUCGCCUCCCCACAGCUGACCCCGGAACACCAGACCGUUGUCUACCAGAUGAUCCAGCAGAUCCAGCAGAAGCGGGAGCUGCAGCGGCUGCAGAUGGCCGGGGGCUCUCAGCUGCCCAUGGCCAGCCUGCUGGCAGGAAGCUCUGCCCCCCUGCUGUCUGCGGGCACUCCUGGCCUGCUGCCCGCAGCAUCUGCCCCACCCCUGCUGCCCGCAGGAGCCCUGGUGGCUCCCUCCCUCGGCAACAACACAAGUCUCAUGGCCGCAGCAGCUGCUGCCGCAGCAGCAGUAGCAGCAGCAGGCGGCCCUCCGGUCCUGACGGCUCAGACCAACCCCUUCCUCAGCCUGUCGGGGGCGGACAGCAGCGGCAGUGGCCCCAAAGGAGGGACCGCUGACAAAGGAGCCUCAGCCAACCAGGAAAAAGGCUAAAUCCAUCCACACCCCUCCUGACCCCCAAAGUGGAGGGGGCAAUCCUGGCUUGAGGGGGUCCUAGCCUGGAGCAGGCGCCUGCGCCCAGAUCCUGGAGAGUCCCAGCCCAGAGCACGUGCUAAGACCUGGGGAGUGUGGGGUGCGCCUGGUGCUGAGGACUGAGACGGGAGGGGAGCUCCUUCUCUCUGGCCCCUUUCCCCUCUGCAGAGACCCUUUGUGAGGGGCUCAGAGGGAGGAUGGGCUCCAAGCUGACCUAGGAGCCCCUCUCAGCAAACGUGUUGAGGUCCUCCAGGGAGCACAGUGGGCCACGGCAUAAGUGGGGGGUUGGUCGGACCCACCACAUAAAAUGGAUCAGCACUUGAUGGGACAGGUCCUGGGCCUGCCCCUGCGCAGAAAUCUGUUAAGGAAGAAGGAGUGGCCCUACUGUAGUUCUUCCCAACGUGGGCAGAUGGCAGGAGGGACCCCUUAGACUGUUUCUCACCUGUCUUCUUCCCCUGCCCACCCCCCCCCCCAAGGGUCACAAGCUGAGCUUGUAAAAGCCCACAGACUAGGAGGCUGAGGAAGGGGCAGGGUGGCCUCAAACUCAGCCCAAGCCUCCCCACCUCUGGGGGAGCCCAAUGAUGGGUUGGGGGGCGGAAACCCAGCCCCCUGGGUGCCCUGCCCCUUUUUGCACUAUUGGAUAUUGGAUUUAGGAGUGCCGAGGGUGGGGAGAUGGAGUUAGCUGUGUGUGCGUGUGUGUGCGUGUGUGUGUGUGUACACACGUGUGUACGUCUGUCUCCCCCGACCUGGGGCAGCCGAGGACAGGGAUAGAAGCAGUGCUCAGAAGGGGGGCUCCCAGCUCUUGUUUGCACCCUCACCAACUUUGGUCCCUUUCUGGGGCAUGCGUGGUUAACAAAAAUCAGAGCAGUACUCCAAUAUUGGAGAGUAACUGGGGGCUGAGGGCUUUGAAUCAGGGUACAUCCUGCCUUCCCUUCCCCAGAUCCCUCAUGGUCUUCGUGCUCCCUCAGAGCUCCCCGCCCUCCACUAGAGUUGGUCCUGCUUCCCUGGCACAAGGGGAGCCCCAGGGAUUGGGGGACAGAGCAAGGGAGGGUCAAGUGCCACUUCCUUUUGUGAAGACCUCCCUGCCAGAACUAGCCAGCUACUUCCUGCACCAGACCAGACCGCCACCUCCACCAACCAGGGGAGACUCACGCUUAAGCUGACCUGCAACUGUCCCUUCACCCACCAGCUGUUUCCCUCGGGGCAUAGUGGGCAAUGCUUAGAUUCUCACCUGACGGAGUCCCCACCUGCCCAGAGCCUCUGGUGGCAAAGGCCUAGGAGCCAGGGGGACAGCCAGGAGAGGGGCAAGGUUGAAGCCUGUGUCUGUUUCAGUUGCACUGGGGUUGGAGCCAGGAGAAGGCAUUUCCAGCUUUCCCUGAUGCUCAUGUCUCGUCAGUCUCUUUGCAUGUGUGGAUGUGUGUGUGUGUGUGUGUGUGUGUGUGUGUGUGUGUAUGUUCCUGUUUGGGUUUUUGUUGUUGGUUUUUUUUUUUUAAUAAAGAAAAGAAGAUGUGUAUAUUUUUGGCAAUGACAGAAACGUAGUGCAGAUAUAUUUUUGCCUGUGCUGCUCAACUGGUUUUUUUCUGAUACUGAAAAUAAUAUUAAUAUUCCUGUUGAUAAGACUUUGUAAUAUGUUAGGGAGCUGAUAAUGGAGGGGGUGGGUGGGAAUCCUUCCAAGGCAAUUUCUUAGGCCCUUGCAAGGGCUUGGGGGGAGGGGUGGCAGUCGUGAUGACCUCAGAAAUACUCACUUUUUAUUAAUGCUAAAUAUCAGGAAGAAAUGAUAGAAUUCAGCAUUGUGUUAAUCUUCAUCUGUUAAGCUAUCUAACUCCCUGCCCCCAAAUCACUGAGAAGAAAAACAACUUUUUCAGAGAUUCUUAGAAGAGUUGUUCAUUCACACCCACGCCCUUGCGGAAGGCCAGCCCACUGAGAGCUGAAGUCCACUUCUGUUCUGGGUGGCGAGGGACAAAUCCACCCAAGGCUGCUGUGGGGGAGAGGUCCCCAUGAUUUAGUGCACUGGAACCAAGACCUCCUCCCCCAUCCCGCACCCGGGAGUCUGGGGUUCUCACCUCCCAGAGUCUGUGUUUUCCAGCUUUCCCCAGGCAGGCACAGCAGUGGGUAGUCAGGUUAGGUUUGAAGAUGGGACCUGGGCUGGUAUGGACCGGUGCUGUCCCCCCCGAUUGGGAAUGGGAAGGGGCCGGAGAGAGGUGGUACCUUUUCAUCGUUUAGGGAGCUUUAUCAUAAGAAAGGCCUAGAGAUCUUCAGGAAGGAGCAGGGUCCCAAUGUGUGUGUGGUGGUGGGGGGGGAUGGUUAUACUGACCUAACCUCAGUCCUCUUUCCAGGGAAUUUGGAUGGGGAGUGGGAAGGGAUGCAGAUUUGUAGAGCACUCUGUCUUGGGGGGGGGGGGGGGCGGGAAGGAUGUGGUUUGCAGGGCGGAAGUGGAGUUUGAAAAUGCAGGCAGGAGUUUGUGUGUCAUCACCCUCAGCGUGGAGAUGCGAGUGGGGUGUGCAUGCAGGGCCGCUGUCUGGCUUUGGGGUCACAGCUGGCGCAUGAGUGUCAGGACUGGAAGGGACCUGUCUUUAGGGGUCAUUUGAGCCAGAUCCUCACUUCAAAGGUGAUACCUCCAAGCCCAGGAGGGGCUGGGGCUCUGGCAGAGCCAGGACCAGCCCUCAGGACACUGGCCUCCUGGUCCUCCCAUCUCCCCCUCCACUGCACCACCUCCACGAGGUUUCCUGGCUGUCCUUGUGUAUGUGAUGUACGGUGUGAGUGCAGGGCUGUGCCGGGGGUGGGGUGGGGGCGGUUAUCUAUGUAGCACUGACUGUCUUAGCUCAGAGCUGAUGGAUCCUCUCCACGGACAAUGACACUUUAAAUGUUGCUUUUAAAAAGCUUUUCCUGUGUGCGAGUUUUUUCCCUCGGGCUCACGGUCUACUGCUCCCUCCAGGUGGCCUUACCUUGAGGCUGAUGAGAGCGCCCCAGCAUUCCUGUUCUGAGUUCCUGGGGAGUACUCCUAGGAAGAACCCAGACACGAGGGGCCAGCUCUGAGGAAGGGCGAUCUUCUCCACCUCUUUUUCCCGAGCUAGAAAUGCAGACACGUUUUCAAAGGCACAGCCUCUUCCCGCCAGCUUCCAGCAUCUUCCUUGGUGUGCGGUAGGCCAGUUAGGGCUAGGCAGCUUCCUCCCAUUCUCCUUUACCCCAGCGUACUUUCCUGGGGAGAAGUGUCCGGUGGGAUUUAAGUCACUUCAGCUGGGAAGCUGGGACCCAGCACCCUGACCCCCUACAGUCACACCCACCAGGCUACACGUGUCUAGCUCCUGGCCACUCUGACGUAUCUACUGAGAAGUUGGGGACUGAAGGGCGCCUUCAUUGCCCUUUGUUUGCUUCCUCCAGCCCAACGUGGGACUUAGGUGGCAGGACCCGAGACGCCAACCUUGACCUGCCCACCCCCAUUCCAUCCCAGCCUGUCUCAGCGUAGCAGCCCCUUCCUAGGGGAGCGGGAAGGGGACGCCAUGGUUUGCAAACCCAGGGCUCCUUUUUCAUUCUUUCUAAAACCUCCUUUAUAUUCUCACCCCAAAAGGCAAUGCCCCCUCCCCCCAACACCCGCCACCUCCAAGCCUGGAAUUGUGCAUAACCUGGAUCUUGUAUCUUUGUAUAACGGAUGUUAUUUGUACGAAGGGCAGUUCGUAAACAGCACUUGUUCUUUUAAUAAAAGAAUGUUUUACAAAAAAAAAAAAAAAAAC